AUGAACUGGCUCAAGUCAACUCUCUCUGCUGCGGUAGGCACGCAGGAACCUAUCUACGGCCCCGAGGCGAUCCGUUCGGUCGCCCAGCAGACCGCGGAGACCCCCUACACUGUUCUCACUCGAGACCACUUGCGAUGGAAGGCAUACCAGUACACCAAUGUGGAGACACACACCUUUUACGUCAUGGCCGACAACGGCACCUUGGUCUUCGUUCAGGUCAUCUACAGCAACAUUGCAGGCAUCCAUACUACUGCGCACUUCAACACCAAGAUCUUUGACCUCACUGGAGCCGGCAACCACAUCUGGCACUCGGAUAGUCUGUCGAACUUCAUGUUCGACGAGAAGAUGGUUUGCUUCGGCGCCGAUAACCUGACCAUCACCCUUAACGAGGAGGGUGACUGCUACACCAUCAAGUCCACUGUCAACCCUGACAGCAUUGUCGAUCUUAAGAUCACCCGGAAGGCACCGGGCUUCACCAUUGGAAAGGAUGGUACUUCCUACUUUGGAACCGAUCCUAAGAACCCCUGGGGUUCUAUGACCCACUCCUUCUGGGCACGUUGUGCCGUCGAGGGAAGCAUCACUACCAAGGAUAAGACUUACGACCUAGCUGGUCGUGGUGUGUUUAUCCCCGCAAUGCAGGGCAUGAAGCCCCACCACGCUGCUGCCCGCUGGAACUUCAUUAACUUCCAGACCCCCACCUACUCCGCCAUCAUGAUGGAGUACACUACUCCCCCCUCCUACGGCUCUACCAAGGUCAACGUCGGUGCCGUCCUCAAGGAUGAUGAGAUCGUCUACGCCGGUGUCACUAACACAGUAACCCACACUGCCUCGACAACGGAUCCCACCAGUGACUGGCCCGAGCCGACCUCCAUCAAGUGGGAGUGGACUGGCAAGACCGCCGAUGGCCAGGAAUUGUCAGCUGAAGUCGAUGGAUCUCUCGGCAAGCGCCUUGACCGCAUUGAUGUCAUGGGCGAGGUGCCCGGCUUCAUCAAGACAAUUGCCGGCAGUGUGGCUGGUACCAGGCCGUACAUCUACCAAUUCUGUCCUACGGAGAAGCUUUCCUUGAAGCUCAACGUGGGUGGAACUGAAAUCACCGAGGAGGGCUUCAUGUUCUCAGAGUCUACUUUCAUCUCGUAA